GUGUCGGCCUGGGCGCCCAUGCCGCCGCACGGGUCGCAAGGGCUGCUGGCCGCGGCCCAGGCAGCAUCUGCAGCCGAGGCUGUGCUCCUUGCGGCAGGUGCCGGCGGAGAGGCUGUCGGUUGCCCAGGCGGACCGCCGCGCGCCACGGCGCCGACGUCGCUUGCACUCCCCGCGGAGCAGAGGCCACCUCCGCUUGGCGUUGACCCAGCUGGCGCCCCAGCAGUGGCUGGUCCAGGAGGGGUGGCGCAGCUGGAGGGCAGCUGUAGCCUCAGCCUGGGUGACUCUUGUGGUGCUGCCGACGGCAUCAACUUUUCGUUCGCGGCAGGGGCGCCUCCGGCGUCUGGGGCGCCGCUGGCACCCGCCUCGUUGCCGCCACUCGCAGCGCUGGACGAGGGACCCUCCGAGGCGGCGGGCGCACCCACCGCUUGCGCUGCCGCACGCGGUGUCGACGAUCUGCGACGCGCGGAGGCACCGCGCGGCAGCGCGGGAGGAGCUGCAGGUCUCGGGCCCGGCAGCCUGGAGGACGAGGCCGGCAGCGAGCCCGCGGAGGUCUGCGCCGCGUCAGCCGCAAGGUCCUCUGCAUUGGGCGGCCCUGCCGGCCGCCUCGUCGCCGGCAGUCCGACGGGCGGCUUCGCCGACCCCCCCGCCGGCAGCUUCGCCAGCAGCCCCGCUGGCAGCUCAGCCGUUGGGUUCGUGGGCCCCUCCGCGGGCGGCCCCGCCGGCGCCCCCCCCGCCGCCAACCACACCAGCAGCCCCGCCAGAAGCUCCACUGGCGGCCUCUCUGGCAUCUUCGCCGGAGCCCCCGACGGUCUUCCCGCCGACGGCGUAUGCGCUGGCGGCCUCGCGGGCAGCCUCGCGAGCGAUCAUGGCGGCGAUCGCCUUGGCCCCUCGGGCAGCCCUGGCGGCGACCGCGACGGGGCGACGCGGGCGGGGCUCCACCGCGACAGCUCCGAGCCGUGGACUGCCCCAGGCGUGGGGCUCCCGUUCGGCGGCUCCUCGGCGGCCAGCGCCAGCGCUGGCGGCCGGGCUGCAGGGACGGGGCCAGGGCAGCAGGAUUCAGAAGGCGAGGCCGACAGCGGGACGCCGCCAGGCGGCCGGUGCGGGGCCGCACGGGACGUGCCCGGGCUGGACGCCACGCGGGAGGGCGCCGCCCGUGGCCCCCAGUCUCUGGGCUCGAGCGACACUGCUGGCCCGCUGGCCCAUGUCGUUCAUCAGGCCGCACCGCCGCCCGCGCCAGGGCGGAGCGGCGGCAGCUCGGACGGCGAGGGCGGGGCUGGCGUCGCCAGUGCUGGCGCCAGCCUCAGCUUGCUUGCUGCGAGUGCCGGCGGUGGCUCGCCAGCAGUGGCGGCGGCCUCGGUCGGGGCUGCGGCGGCAGUGGCGGCGCCCGGGUCCGGCGGGUUCGAGGGCGGGGGCGUCGGCCGCACCAGUGCCGCGGGCGCGCUGCGGGGCCGGGACGAGGGCAAGGUGGCGGUGGGGGCGGUGCCAGAGUCCAGCGGCUUGUGGAGCCAGGGCGACGUCGGCAGCGUGUCGGAGAUCGGUUCCCCGCCCGCCGCUGGCGGCGGCGCCACUGGCGCUGGCGCCGCCUGCGUCGGCAGCCAGCGCGACUUCGGGGCGGGGCUCGGGCCGAGCAGCCUGGGCGACUCGGCGGCGGCGCCUGCGGAGGCGGUCGGCGCCGUCUCUGGCUCUGCUGCCAAGGGCGCCGACAAGGUGGCCGCGGCGAUGCUGGAGGAGCUCGGGCUGGACGACUCGGCGGCGGGGUUCGGGCCGAGCAGCCUGGGCGACUCGGCGGCGCCGCCUGCGGAAGCGGUCGGCGCCGUCUCUGGCUCUGCUGCCAAGGGCGCCGACAAGGUGGCCGCGGCGAUGCUGGAGGAGCUCGGGCUGGACGACUCGGCGGCGGGGUUCGGGCCGAGCAGCCUGGGCGACUCGGCGGCGCCGCCUGCGGAGGCGGUCGGCGUCGUCUCUGGCUCGCCUGCCAAAGGCGCCGACAAGGUGGCCGCGGCGAUGCUGGAGGAGCUCGGGCUGGACGACUCGGCAGCGGGGCUCGGGCCGAGCAGCCUGGGCGACUCGGCGGCGCCGCCUGCGAAGGCGGUCGGCGUCGUCUCGGGCUCGCCUGCCAAGGGCGCCGACAAGGUGGCCGCGGCGAUGCUGGAGGAGCUCGGGCUGGACGACUCGGCGGCGGGGUUCGGGCCGAGCAGCCUGGGCGACUCGGCGGCGCCGCCUGCGGAAGCGGUCGGCGUCGUCUCGGGCUCGCCUGCCAAGGGUUCCGACAAGGUGACCGCCGCGAUGCUGGCGGAGCUCGGGCUGGACGACUCGGACAGCGAAGCGGGCGGCAAGGCGACGAAGAGCAGCAGCGAGGGGGCCGGGGCGGCGGCGCCCGCCGCGCAGUCUGGGAAGGCCGCGGCCGCCCCGGCCGCCGAUGCCCCAGGGAGCCCGGGGGGCUCCUCGUUCAGCUCCGCCGCGCCGAAGAGGAGGAUGAGCAACCCCCUGGGCCGCGGCCGGGGCAGCGGCGGCAGCCUCAUGUUUGGCGGCGGCGGCGCGCGCGGCCGCGGCGGCGGCGCGCUGCUGUCCUCCGCCCUGCGGCUGGGCGCCGCCGGGGGCGCCAGGCCUUCGGGCGGCCCCGGCGCGUCGAGAAGCGGCAGCGCGUCGCAGCUGCUGGGGGCGCAGAUCGACUGGAGUCAGGCGAGCGCCGGCUUCUGA